UUAUCUUUGUUAGAAGCCGUUGAGGUUGUUUCUCCCACGCAAUCAGAAUUUCUCCCACGAGCGUAUUCCCGGCAAGACGGGCAUUGGCCACGGCUAUGGCGGCGUUGUUGAGCGUUUCGUGCGCUUUUCUUCUCGCGCUUGCUUUAGGCGCUUCCUACGGCCUGGUUCUCUGGUUGCUCCGUGAGCGUCGCAAAUGCUUCGACGCUUUUCGAGGCACCGGGGUGCCCACAGUGCCGCUUCGAAACAUCAUCAAUGGCAACUCGGACGAGUUCUGGAAGCAGAAUGUCAUCAAAAACAUGGACCAAGCGUGUCAAAAAUACGGCGAUGUCUUCGGCUUCUUUCUAGGUGAUACCCCGAUUAUGGUAGUGAAAGAUCUGGCCAUGAUAAACGAUAUAUUCAUCAAGGACUCAAGCAAGUUUCCCGGCCGCGGGCGCAUGAUGCACAUCUACGAGAUGGACCCUAACGUAGCCAAGUACAUCGUCGUGUCCAAAGGUUCAGUUUGGAAGAGCGCACGAACCUCCAUGUCGAAAUUCUUCACUACAUCGAAGCUGAAAGCGGUGAUGCCUUCGCUACGCCAUGCCCAGGAGGAGUUUAUACGUGUUCUAGGCGAGCAUGCCGACCGUGGAAUCGAGCUGGACAUCAACAGCAUCUGCGAGCGCUUCACAUUCGACAUGAUCAGCAAAGCGGCCUACGGCAUGGACACGAAUGUGCAGAGGAAUCCCAAGUACCCACUGUUUACGAAGGCCCUGGCUUUCAUGCCGAACAUCGCAUCAGGCUUGUUCUACAACCUUGGCCAAAACCUAUACCACUGGGCAUGGAUACCUCGGAUACUCGCCAAGAUAUUGGGCGCCAUGUAUGCUAACCCUAUUUCUGAUAUGGCUAAAAAGAUCGAAGAAAUUAUUGAAUACCGGCGAAAAAAUCCUCAGAGAAACUUACCAGACAUGGCUCAGAUACUGUUAGACGGAGUGCUCAGCAGAGGAGACUCUAGCCUAAAGCAACAUGAAUCCAUGGUUGACGCCACAGCACCACUGCCUCGUGAAACACUAAAUGAACUGACGUCCAACUGUGUGGCGGUCUUUAUUGGAGGGUACGACACUACGCGGCUAGCAUUGACUUACUGGUUUUAUCUGAUGGGAAGGCAUCCUGACAUACAGGAGAAAAUGCGGCAAGAAGUUCUUGAAGCAUUCAAAAAAGAAGGAGAUCACCUAUCAUUGCAAACUAUUACGACACUUCCUUAUACGAACCAAGUAAUUUCUGAGACCAUGCGGCUCUAUCCAACAUCAACCACGUUUACAUCUCGGUGUGCGGAAGAAGACUAUCAAUGUGGGAAUUAUCUCAUUAAGAAAGGAACGUCGGUUGUAGUGCCUACGUAUCUGCUGCAUCGUGAUCCGAGAUACUGGCACGAACCGGAAAAGUUUGUCCCAGAAAGGUUCAGUCCAGAAAAUAAACACUUUGUCAACCCAACUGCGUACCAACCGUUCGGUCUGGGCCCCCGGAUAUGCAUCGGAAUGCGUCUGGCACUUCUCGAGCUAGCCUCGGCUACUGCUGAGGUGCUUCGCCACUAUCGCAUUACCAUGGGCACCAGUCAGAAGCACGACCUUGAGCUGGACACAUGCUCCUUCCUGAUCGUUCCUAAAGAGAGUGUGCGAAUUCAUGUGCAGAGACUCAAAGGCACGAAGUAAAUCUUAAAGUGGCACUUGAUCGGAAUGCAUGUUACUCUAUCGGCAGAAAACAUUAGUACAAAAUAAAAAAGUAGUGUUCUUCACACAUAUUCUAUCAGUAAAUCCAUGUAAGGCAAAAAAGGUGCCGCAACUGCUUGGUAAUAUUCGACGAAACACGUCAACGAGACGCUCGAAUGCGAGUAAAAAAAUAUUUUCGUG